UCCCUGGCUUCUCUCGCUCUCAAUUCGACCGCGCUUCUUAUUCGCUCUCAUCUCUCUCACGCUUCGGCGAAUGGCGAUCGCGAUGGAGAUCGAGGGUUUUCUGAAGGAAUGCGAGAGGUCGGGCGACGCCGCCUACGCCGCCUUGAAGUCGCUCUUGGAGAAGCUGGAGAACCCCGGUACGCGAUCCGACGCCCGCGUCUUCUUCGCCCGACUUCAGCAGCGCUUCGACUCUGAGGACGCUGGCGAACAAUGCUUCCGCACCUACCACUUCCGCAUCCACGACGUUCUCCUACACGAUUUCCAAGGCAACCAGAAGAGAAAGAAAUUGACCAUGGUGGAGAUCCCUAGCAUUUUUGUUCCAGAAGAUUGGUCUUUUACAUUCUAUGAAGGCAUUAAUCGUCAUCCUGAUUCCAUGUUCAAGGACAAGACUGUUACUGAGCUUGGUUGUGGGAAUGGAUGGAUAUCCAUUGCACUUGCUCAGAGAUGGUCUCCUUUAAAGGUUUAUGGUCUUGAUAUUAAUCCGAGAGCUGUCAAAAUAUCAUGGAUAAAUUUGUUCUUAAAUGCACUAGAUGACAAUGGAGUCCCUCUCUAUGAUGCUGAAGGAAAGACUCUACUUGACAGAGUGGAAUUUCAUGAAUCGGAUCUUCUAGGUUACUGCAGGCAAAAUAAGCUACAACUAGAGCGUAUUAUUGGGUGCAUUCCUCAGAUUCUAAAUCCAAAUCCAGAGGCCAUGUCAAAGAUGAUCACUGAAAAUGCAAGCGAGGAAUUCCUGUUCUCAUUAAGUAACUACUGUGCUCUGCAGGGAGUCCUUGAAGACCAAUUUGGCCUGGGUUUAAUUGCACGAGCUGUUGAGGAAGGAAUCGAGGUCAUAAAACCUAAUGGCAUCAUGAUAUUCAAUAUCGGAGGGCGUCCAGGGCAAGUUGUUUGUAAACGCUUGUUUGAACGUCGGGGUUUCUCCAUAACAAAACUCUGGCAGACAAAAAUUAUGCAGGCUGCUGAUACAGAUAUUUCAGCUUUAGUUGAAAUUGAGAAGAACAGCCAUCAUCGUUUCGAAUUUUUUAUGGGCCUUGUUGGUGAUCAGCCAAUUUGCGCACGCACAGCUUUUGCGUAUGCAAAGUCUGGCGGUCGCAUUUCACAUGCUUUGUCAGUUUAUAGUUGUAAUCUCCGUCAACCAAAUCAGGUGAAAAUCAUAUUCGAUUUUAUAAAAAAUGGAUUCCAGGAACUCAGCAGCUCCUUGGAUUUGUCAUUUGACAAUGAUUCUGUUGCUGAUGAAAAGAUACCAUUUCUAGCUUAUCUUGCUAGUGUACUAAAAGAAAAUACAUUUCUACCAUAUCAACCUCCAGCAGGAAGUACAGAUUUUAGGAACCUUAUAGCUGGAUUCAUGAAAGUCUACCAUCGUAUUCCAAUAACUGCAGAUAAUGUUACAGUUUUCCCCUCAAGAUCUGUGGCCAUUGAGAAUGCUCUUCGAGUAUUCUCUCCACAACUUGCUAUUGUCGAUGAACAUUUGACCAGGAACUUGCCCAAGCAAUGGCUGACAUCUUUAAAAAUUGAGGGAACUGGAGAUGAUCAAAAGGCCAUUACAGUAAUUGAGGCACCACGCCAAUCUGAUCUGAUGAUUGAAUUGAUAAAAAAACUGAAACCUCAGGUUGUUAUCACUGGCAUGGCUCAAUUUGAGGCCAUUACAAGUUCUGCGUUUGAAAAUUUGUUGAAUACAACUAGAGAUACUGGGACUCGCCUAUUUCUGGAUAUAUCAGACUACUUUGAGCUUUCUAGUCUUCCUGGAACAAAUGGGGUUUUGAAAUAUUUAGCUGGAAAAUGUCUUCCAUCACAUGCAGCUAUUCUGUGUGGCCUAGUGAAAAAUCAGGUUUAUUCUGAUUUGGAAGUGGCAUUUACUAUAUCUGAAGAUUCCACCGUCUACAAGACAUUAUCAAAGACCGUGGAGUUAAUGGAAGGACAUACAGCAUUGUUUAGUCAGUACUACUAUGGCUGUAUUUUCCAUGAGUUGCUUGCAUUUCAGCUACCUGAUCGUCAUCCACUUGCAGAGAGGGAAUCUGAUAACAGCAACUCAGUUAAGUUGAUAGGAUUUGCAAGUUCUGCUAUUUCAGCCCUAAAUACAGCAGAACUUUCUGUUAAUGAUGAAAAGAACUCUCAGUUGAUUCACAUGGAUGUAGAUCAAAACUUCUUGCCAUUACCUUCGGUUGUAAAGGCAUUCAUCUUUGAGAGCUUUUCUAGACAAAAUAUGGUUGACUCCGAGACUAAUGUUCGUCCUGCAAUUGAGCAGCUGGUACAAAGUAUCUAUGGUUUCCAAUGUGAUUGUUCUUCAGAGUGUAUAUUUGCAAACUCUCAUCUAUCCCUUUUCAACAAGCUUGUUCUUUGUUGUAUUGAGGAACAGGGAACCUUCCUUUUCCCCUCAGGCACAAAUGGUAGUUAUGUCUCUGCAGCAAAGUUCAUGAGUGCAGAUGUUGUUAUUGUCCCCACAAAAUUAGAAGUAGGUUUUAAGCUCGUGCCCGAUACACUUUCAAGCUUGCUUGGAACAUUAAGGAAGCCAUGGUUGUACUUAUGUGGUCCCACUGUUAAUCCUACAGGAUUGUUAUAUAGCAACAAUGAGAUCAAAGAAAUUCUUUCUGUCUGCGCCAAGUAUGGAGUCAAGGUGGUGAUUGAUACUUCAUUCUCAGGUCUUGACUUCUGUGCUGAUGGUUGGAGUAGAUGGGAUUUGCAAGCUUGUCUUUCAUCACUUACUUGCAUCAAUUCAUCUUUUUGUGUCUCCCUGCUUGGUGGGCUGUCAUUUGAGUUGCUUACUGGCGGUCUUGAGUUUGGUUACUUGGUUUUGAAUGAUCCAACUUUGGUCGAUGCUUUUUCUGCACUACCAAGCUUGAGUCGGCCGCAUCGAACCAUUGUGUAUGCUAUAAAAAAGUUGUUGGGUCUUCGACAGCAGAAGUCUCAAUCAUUCUUCCAAGUCAUGGACGAGCAGAAAGAUAUUCUUAAGAGGCAGUCUGAUUGCUUGAUGCAGACACUCAGAAACUGCGGCUGGGAUGUCAUUAGCUGCCACAGUGGUGUUUCCAUGGUAGCAAAACCAACUGCUUACCUUGGCAAGAUGCUUAAGUUAGAUUGCUUCAACGCUAAGCUUGAUGAUACCAACUUCAGAGAAGCUAUGCUAAAAGCCACAGGUCUGUGUAUUAAUAGUGGAUCAUGGACUGGAAUCCCAAACUACUGCCGUCUCACUUUUGCCCUCGACAGUGCUGAUUUUGCACGAGCAUUAGAAUGCAUUGCUCUAUUCAAAAAGUUGGUCCUGGAGAAAUGAGUACCAAGUUGGCACUUAAGUUUUGCAGAAAUAAAUAGAACCCAGACAAUUGAUCAAAUCUUGAAGUGAGAUUCAUAGGAGUCAUGGUCUAGCUCCCUUCUUUUGAAUAUUUCUUCAGAUAGUUUUGACAGUUCUCUCUCUAAAUUUGGAAGUUUUACUUUGCUAUUGGAUUCUUCACUUAGUUUUUCUAGUGAUUACAUCCUGAUGAGGCAAAUUGGGAGAAUGAAGUGCAAUUUUACCUGUGCUGGAUUAUAGUUCAAACACGUUCUUGGACUGCAAGAAUACAUUCAUACCUCACAUGGCAGGUAUAAAGCUGCAAUAUCCAUUUAUUGAACUAUUGUUUCUGAUUUAGAUCUUGCAGAAAAUGUUCAUUGUAACGAAAGACACAUUAAUGAAAGAGAACUAUAUUUUGGCUCAUACUCAGUGUGUUAUUUAAUCAAAUGAUGUCUAUGGCCAAUAAAAUAUUGGAACAAUGAAAACAUCUCCAUUUUCCCUUGA